AUGGGUCGCAAUCCGAUGUCCAACCCGCUAAACUACGCCACCCCCCAGUGGCACACAGGCUCCCCCGCCACGGAUGCGCAAGCGCGGCGUCAAUCGAAAGGUUACGACUAUGUCAUCGUCGGCGCAGGGCCCGCGGGCAGUGUGUUGGCCAGCCAGCUGUCCGAAGAUCCCCACGUCACCGUCCUCCUCCUGGAAGCGGGCGGGGACAACACCAAGAUCUUGGAGUCCAAGGCCCCCAUGCUCUUCUCCAAGCUCUUCCACACCGAACAUGACUGGGACUAUUACACCACCGAGCAACCGGGCCUCGCCGCGCGCCGUCUGUACUGGCCCCGCGGUCGCAUGCUGGGCGGCAGCAGCUCGAUGAAUGCGAUGAUGUACCACCACUGCGCCCCGUCCGACUUUGACGAGUGGGCGACGGUCCAUGGCUGUCAGGGCUGGAGCUACAAAGAUCUGGUCCCGUACUGGCGCCGCAUGGAGGGCUUCACUCCCAACACCGCUCGCCCGCGCAUCGACUUGGCGCACCGGGGCCGCACCGGGCUGUGGGACGUCGGAUACUCGUGGCUGACGGAGAUCGGGGAGAAAGGAUUCCUGCCUGCGUGCGAGGACGCGGGCAUCCCAGCCAACCCGGAUAUCAACACCCCCGCGGGUACCCUGGGCGCGACUCGCUUCCAGACCUUCAUCGACCCCAAAGGCCAGCGCGCCUCGUUGGCCACCGCCUACCUGCCCGCCGCGGUCCGCCGGCGGCCCAACCUGUCCAUCGCUUGCCACGCCCACGUCACCCGUCUGCUGGUCGACCGACUCAGCGGCCCCGAGCCGACCGUCGUCGGCGUCGAGCUGCAGACCCAGCGGGGCGGGCCGCGGUUUGAAGUCCACGCCCGGCGCGAGGUCGUCCUCUGCAGUGGCGCCAUCAACACACCGCAGCUGUUGCUGCUGAGCGGCAUCGGUCCGGCCGAGGAGCUGCACCGCCACGGCAUCCCCGUCGUGCGCGAGAAUGCGGCGGUCGGCCAGAACCUCAAGGACCACCUGGUCUCCACCCCUAUCAUCUGCAAGGCGCGAUGGGGCACUACCCUCGACUACCUAGCCAACCCGCUGUGGGCGCUGCCGGCGCUGGCGCGGUGGCAGUUGUUUGGCAGCGGACCCCUCACCCACAAUGCCGGUGAGGCGGCCGCCUUCCUCCGGUCGUGGGAGCACCACCCCUUCCCUGGCUCGUCGUCCGAGCGCUCCGCGCCCGAAGACAACACGUCCGGUGCCCGGGGGCCCGACGUGGAGAUCGUUGGGGCCCCCAUGGCCUACAUCCACCACGGCGAGGAGCCGGGGCCGGGUGGGGCGAGCGCCUUCACCCUCGCCCCGGUCGGACUGCGACCCAAGAGCAAGGGGAGCAUCACCCUGCGGACCCGGGAUGCCUUCGAUGCUCCAAUCAUCGACCCCAAAUAUUUCAGCGAUGAGACCGACAACGACCGUAGCGUGCUCCUGGCGGGCAUCCGUGUCUGCCUCCGGAUCAUGCGCAGCCCGGCAUUCCAGCGAUACCUGGAGCCGGUGGCGCCCAACGACGACAUCUGGUCGGAGUGGUGGCCGUACUCGAGCACCGAUAUCGAUCGGAUCACCGACGAGCAGCUCCUGCGCUGGAUGGAGGCCAAGGCCUUCACGCUUUACCAUCCCGUCGGGACGGCGCGCAUGGGCCCCUCCCCGGAGACGAGCGUCGUCGACCUUCAGUGUCGGGUGCACGGCGUGCGACGGCUGCGCGUGGUGGAUGCCAGCGUGUUCCCGGAGCAGAUUAGCGGGCAUCCGACCGCCACAAUUGCCGCCAUGGCGUACAAGCUGAGCGAUCAGAUCAAGCGGGAUUAUCAGACGGUGCGAGCGAACUUGUAG